UUGUUUUAUAUAUGUGAUGUGUUCACAUCCUGCUUACACGUAAAGUGAUGCUUUAUAUCAACCAUUUCGGACUUCAAUGAGCGUGCUCAUGUGACCUUCACCUUUAUCAAUUAACCGGUUCGAUAUCGGAAAUAUAGGACGUUAAUUAUAUUUAGAACAGACUUACGUUGUAAACAAUGGUGCGAGCGUGGUAUAUGGACGAUGUGGAAGAUGACCAGAGGAAGCCCCACAUGACAGAACCCCCACAGUUUGUCACGAUGGACCAGUUGAAGGAUUUGGGGGUCUUGUACUUUGAGAUAAGUUCAGAUCCUGCCAAAGCUGAGAAGGAAGUGAACAAGCUCCGAGGUGACCGUGGCUACACUUACAAAGACAUGAUUACAUGCAGCAAGGAAAAACUCCCAAACUAUGAGGAAAAGCUGAAGAUAUUUUUUGAGGAGCACCUUCACACAGAUGAAGAGAUACGCUACAUUACAGAAGGAAGUGGAUAUUUUGACGUUAGAGACAAGAAUAACAAGUGGAUCAGAAUUGAAGUUGUCCCAAACGAUCUGAUCAUUCUCCCAGCAGGCAUCUACCACAGGUUUACACUGGAUGAAGGGAACUACAUACAGGCUCAUCGUUUUUUUGUUGGAGAACCAGUAUGGACACCACAUAACAGACCUGCUGAUGACAUGGAGGCUCGUAAAUUGUAUUUGCAAAAAUUCCAAGUGGCUGCAUAAAAAAUCUUAUAAAUAAAAGUUCAAAGUUAUAAAAACCAUGCUUUGAAGAAUUCAUUUGUUUGAACAGAAAGUGUGUUUCUUUGUUUGUCUAAGUAUAGAAACUACCCAUACUAUGAUAGAUACUAAUAAUGUUGAUAAACUGGAUAUACCAUACUAACAUGGCAAAGAUAUUAUUAGACUAGUGUAGUAUGAUUUGUGCAAUCGGGUUAAUUGCAAAUGUAUUCAUUAAUUAAUUGCAUGCACAUUUUAAACCGUAGAUUUCCUUUCCAAUUUGCUGAUAUUAAUAUCAAAUUUAUUUGAUUGGUAGAAAUGAACUGGAUAGGGCAACAGGUUUUGAUAUUUUAUAUAAACAGUGCCAUUAGACUGUACAUGGCAUGAUUAUGACAUAUUUUGACUUGAAAAUUUCUUAAUAUAUACAUGUAUAUUGUUUAUGAAAGUGCAACCCAAACCUAUAGUAUUAUAUUGUAUAUAUCAUGUAUAUGCAGUGCUGAAAUACAUUACAUAUAAGUAUGUAAUUGUCAGUCCAGGUCCAUAGUCUUACUUGGAGAAAUAUUUGGUAUAUGUAAUGAAUAAAACUAUUACAAUAAUUUUUUGAUUUCCCAAUUUAUACCGUAAUUUCUACAAAAAAAAAAAAAAUAUACAAAAUUUUUACAUGGAUAUCAGUGAUUUGAAUAUAUUAAUUGCCUCAGUUUUAACAUUGUAACUGAAUGAAAAUACAUGUACAAUAAAAUUGGAGAAAAUCAUCUAUUA